UUCUUGCCCCCUUCCCUGUCGUACGCUUCCUCUGUUUUCUCUCUGUCUCUGCUCCUCAAGCCCUAUCUCUCACAGCAUUCCCAUUUUAAUUUCCUCUCUUGAUUUCAAUUGCAUACUCCAUUUUCUAGCUGGAAACAAGGCCAAGGAGCUUACAUUGUGGAGAAACAUUGCGUAUAUAGCAAUGUCUGUCUCUUCCAAGCUUCAAUCUUCGGCCAAACCGGUACCUGAGAAGCGAGCGAUUCUCGUUCCCACUGGGAAUAGAGUUAGAGUUUCUGAAGAGUCCAGAAGGAAAAGCGAGGUUUUGGAGAAGGCACAGCAGAGACCAAAGAAGUCAGUUGCGAAGGCCGCGGUUUCGGAGAUGCAGCAAGCUGUAGUUGAGAACAAUUUGUCGGUGGACAGCUCGUGUUCUUCGGAUUCCAAUUUUUCAUCGUCUUCUUCUUCUUCGAGUAGGUCUUCGGCGACGGUGGCAAGUCCGAGAAGGACUGUGAAGCGCAAUGGAUUACGAGCUGUCAAGGUUGUACCUGACGGUGGUGAAUUUGAUGGGAUUUCGCCAAAGAAGAACGUGCCUGCGAAGAAGUGUGAUUGGAUCACGCCGCAUUCUGAUCCACUUUAUAUGUCUUUCCAUGAUGAAGAAUGGGGAGUCCCAGUUCAUGAUGAUAGUAAGCUGUUUGAGUUGCUUGUAUUUUCACAAGCAUUAGCAGAAAUGAGCUGGCCAGCAAUUCUUCACAUGAGAGACAUUUUCAGGAAACUUUUUGACAACUUCGAUCCAUCGUCGGUUGCACAGUUAACCGAGAAGAAGCUGCUGUCACUGAAAGUGAAUGGCAAACUAUUGCUAUCGGAACCAAAGCUUCGUGCAGUAGUAGAGAAUGCUAAACGCCUGCUUAAGGUUCAGCAGGAGUUUGGUUCCUUCAGCAACUAUUGCUGGCGUUUUGUGAAUAACAAGCAACUAAGAAAUACAUUCCGUUAUGCACGUCAAGUACCAGUCAAGACGCCAAAAGCAGAACUUAUAAGCAAGGAUCUAAUGCAGAGGGGCUUUCAUUGUGUUGGACCUACUGUUGUUUAUUCAUUCAUGCAGGUUGCUGGGAUUGUUAAUGAUCAUCUUGUAACAUGCUUCAGAUACCAAGAGUGUAAUACAAAUGUGAAAAAGAAUUUCAACCCCGAGACUGAAAAGACACAGAUAGUAACUGAAGCAUUGGAGAACACAUGCUUAUCUCAAUGACCAAGUGGUCUCAACUACAACUUUCUUCUGACAAAUCACACUACUAUGAUUGUAGCAAUACGAGGGCAGACCGCAGAUGUUCUCAAGUAAUGACUUAGGACUCCCUUCUUCUAUAUGUUUUAGUUGCAUAAGCUAUUCUUCCACUAGUGAAUCAUUGACCUAAACUAGAUAUUACUACAAUGAAAAUUUCUUGCGACUCCAUGCAUUCUCUGCGCAUCUAGGAUUCAUGAAGUUUCUAAGGAGGUUCCUGUCUGAUUCACUAUUGUCCUCUCUGUAUUUUUCGUUGUCUUUUAAUGCUCUAAAAUAAUCUAGGGAAUCUUUGAACAAUAUUUUUUUUUAUUUUUUUAAAAAAUGCUAGGUCAAUAUGGUGCUAUAUGGCAACGCAUCAGAUGACCAAAGCUUCGUGCCCUGAACGACAAAAAGAAUAGAAAUCUCAAAUUUAAGAGAUAAAGCUAAAUCUCCUAUUAUUUGUUUUCC